CAAGGGUUUCCCAUCCCAGCGCUUUCUCGAACUUCUACCCACCCCGCCAGAAUUCGACCUAACCCACAGACCACGCCAUUCACUCUUUCGCUGGUCUAUUCUUCACUACCUGGUGCUGUUCGAUAUUUCACCUCAGUGCUGUGUCGCUUCAUUGGAAUGUGUGACUUUUAAGACGGUCGUGGAACGUCCUGCUCGCCCGCUUGAGCGCACCUCGACCGGCGUUUCUCCCCAUAUCCUCGUCUUGAUACUAGUCUGAAUCUGCUGUGAUCUGCUGCUGUGUUGAAGAUCUUCGAUUCAGGUCUCCCUUUCGCGAGGCUCGGGCUGCCCAGGCUUAGGCCAACCUCCUCUUUCGUCACCCUGCACUCCGUCCUCGAUGUCUGAUCGCGCCUCCUCGGCAUCAUUUCGAGUAGGACCUCCAUCACCAUCGUCUCCCGCCGCAGGAGCUCUCAAGCAGAACCAGUUGCCAGCUCCCUUGUCCGAUCGAAUUCCACAGACUCCGACAUCACCUCCGUUGAUGUCGGUAAGCGCCCAGAACUAUGCCACCAACUUUGUAUCCUCGCAAGCAUCACCUAACCAGGCGACCUCUCAAUCCGCAACUCUCUCAUCACCCCCGUCUUCCGCUCCGAUGUCCACUCAAGCCUCGCAACAACCGACGGUAGGUACGGCGAAUUCGUUUCCGACGCCGGCCAGCAGCGUGAGCGGGCACUUCCCGGGUGCGACUUCCUUCGAUGAUUCUGAACAUACAGAUAAGCCAAUGGGCUCGGCAGCUCCAGACACUGGUGCGCGAGCAGCGAAUAUGAAUGCCGCGGCCAUACAGCAGGCGGAACACAGACGGACAGAUCAUGACCGGCAUACAGAAGGUAUAAAUAUGGAAGUUGGAGUCCGCGAUUUUGCUGCGAACAACGGAGGCGACGCUAUGGAUAUCGAUAGUGAGGCGCCGGCUUCAUCCAGUCGCAGUGAGCCAAGCUUGGAAUCCCUGCAGAAGAACUUUUCGUCUGCCUUUCAUGUUUGCAAAAGCUCCCAUAUUGCGACUGGACCGGAUCCGUCGCUAGAUCUCAUCUCACUCUACGGAUUAGGUCCAGUGGCAAAGUCUGUUGCUCGGAUGGAUCCUGUAACGGGCGAGAAGAUCAACAGGCUUAGGAAAUCUUAUGAAGGAAAACUGAAGGGCUUGGGACUCGCAGGGAGGAACAAGCCAGUGAAGACUGAGCCUGGUGCGCCCGGCAGCCUUAGGCACAUGACCAUGUGGCCAGAGGAAGAAUGGCAAAACCAGAAGGUGUUCGGGAAGGAGAUCAAGGUAGCGGACAUGGACUCUGCGCUGCAUAACUUGCAGAUGAGGGCCAUGAAAAUGGAGCCUGGUACGGUACCGAACAAUGAGUAUUGGGAAGAUGUUCUGGGCCACGAGAAGCCAUCUAAACACGCCGGUGGCGACGCCAGCAAAAAGGGCGUCGCACCCCCUCCCAAUGGAGUCCGGAUUUCCCAACCGAAUGGAACCCCAGCGCCUGUUUCGGACCAAGAGCGAGCCCGGCCCAGCAGGGGACGUAAACGGCAUUACGACGACAAUAGCUUUGUUGGAUACGGCGAAGGUUACGCAGACGACGAUGACGAUGGGGCAUUUUAUUCAAACAGUGAAGGCAUGGGGAAGAAAAAACGGAAGAAGGACCACGUUUCGAAGAUAUCUACCCCUCUACCUGACCGAGGUGGAAGUUACGGGGUUGACCCCACGAAAGUCUCCAACACCGACAUCCCUUACGAACUACACUACGCCGAGAAAAUGACCAGCUACCUAUACAAACACACCCCGGAUCCCUCCCCGACCCUUCAGCUCGCUAUCCGCGCCCAGCACCUCAAGCGCUGGGAAGUACCCCGCAGUACUUACCCCGAUGGUAAAGUAGGGUAUUAUUCCUGGCGGACGGCGGUGGCGCGUCGCCAGGCUGAGAUAGCGGUGCAGGUGUGUCUGGAGAGUGGCAUUGGGGAGGCGGAAGCGGAGCGCGUGGGCCGGUUGAUUCGCAAGGAAGGAUUGAAGGGAGGGGAGGAUGCGGAGGCACAGAUUCUGGAGGAUGUGGCGUGUUUGGUGUUUUUGGAUGAUCAAUUUGAAAAGUUCAAAGAAAACUAUGAGAGGAAGAAGGUGGUGGAGAUCUUGAGAAAGACCUGGGGAAAGAUGUCGGAACGGGGGAGGGGUUUGGCAUUGGAGUUGCAGAUGGGGGAAGAGGCCAAUGAAUUGGUCAAGGAGGCUUUGAUGGGUUAGAUUCCAGUCCAUAUCUAUUUGUUUAAUAUAGGACUGUUACUUUGUGAAUACGUAUUUUUGGAUAUAUAUAUUAGUUGGAAUUUGUUUUGUGGUCAAAGAGCCGCUCUAUGGA